CGAGAAUUUAUUUUAUCCUAAAUUUUGCAUUUUGUAUUUUCGAACAAAUUCAUGUAAACUUGGGCUACUUUAUCAAAAUAGUGUUACGAGGCCUAACACCACCGUGAGGACCAAGGAAGACGAUGAUAUCCGUUUGCUCAAUCAACCCCCAAAUUAAGCAGUCGUUCGUCUUCCUCCCCUCCCACAAAUCUCCCCUUCCAAAUCCAUUCUCAAAAGCCAGUCCUCAUCUCCCCUCUCUGUUGACGUUCAGUUCAACCCGCACUCACUUCGCUUUCACCUCGAAUUCAUCAACAACCAUGGCCGCCGCCGAGCCUUCCCAGGUGACCACCGCCGCCACUGCUCCCAGUUCUUCAAUGAAGCUCCUUUUUGUGGAAAUGGGCGUUGGAUACGAUCAACAUGGGCAAGACAUCACAUCCGCAGCAAUGCGGGCUUGUCGGGACGCAAUUUCGUCUAAUUCAAUCCCUGCCUUCAGAAGAGGAUCUAUACCUGGUGUUACAUUUGAUGGGAUGAAGCUUGAGAUUAAAUUGGGUGUUCCACGGUCUCUCCAACACAUGCUAGACAUUGUGAAGGUCAAAUCGGUCUUUCCAUAUGGAAAAAUAACAAACAUUGAGGUUGUUGAUGGCGGACUAAUAUGCUCAAGUGGUGUACAUGUUGAAGAGAUGGGAGAUAAGAAUGACGAUUGUUAUAUAGUAAAUGCAGCUGUUUAUGUUGGUUAUUGAUCUUUUUUACAUUCUUAAAGGUCAGAUCUAUUCUCUCCAUUCCUGUUUUUUGUGUGCCAUCUUCAUAUGAAAUGAAAUUCAAUGCCUUACAUUUCUGUUAUACAUAAAGGAUGAAAAAUUAGCAAGGAUAUCUUAUGUGUGAGGCAUGGAUGAAGAUAACUGAUUGCUUGUGGAUACGUCUUUGUAUGAAUGAUCAUAUAAACUGUGGAUGUGCUU